UUUACUUCUGACUCUAUUCAUAUUCUUCUCGAUAUAGCCAUCUACUCCCUAUAUUAUUGUGUCUAUAUAUUCUUCGACAGACCGUCUAUCCUCUUAUCCACUUGGAUUGCGCAGGUGUCAACAGUUACUACACCUGGUACUUGAUUCUUUCGCGAUGGCCCCCGCAAGUGAAGAUGCGCUCACUAAAGUGUCUACGGAUGGUAUAUCUCCCCUGUAUAAUACUGCUUUCUUUCUGGUCACACCGUUAAUCUGUAUACUACCGACAGCGGCCACGGAAUUUGUCCAGUCAUUCUAUCCCGCCCUUCAGUCCAACCGUGGUACGAUAUCAACUUUUUACAACCAAACGAUCUCCAUGAUCCUAUUCAAUGGUAAUGUUGUCGCCGAUGGCAAAGCAGUUCAAGAAAUAUUUGUCAAUCAGAUGCCGCCGGCGCAUUACGAGGUGCAGUCGUUCGAUUGCCAAAUCAUCAACCAAGCAUAUCCCACGCCGACAGCAACUGGGCUUAAAGCUCCGAACGAGACCACUCUCCGGGACAAAUCUAUUUUGGUGCUGGUCAGCGGUUACGUGCGAUUUGGAGAGUCUCGCGAUCUUCCGCAGCGCGGGUUCAGCGAAACUUUCGUGCUAGUGCCAAACCCUUCCGCCGAUGGCCCCAAGGGCAAACGCAAGCGAGAAUGGCUUAUUGAAUCUCAAACGUUCCGGCUCGUUGUUUGAGAAAACAAUUCCUAUUCAAAAAGAGGAGUACAUCUUUAGGGGCUGUGCAUCAAUCACCAGACCUCUCAAGGAUACAAUGGGGGGUAUUAUUAUUGGGGUAUGAGUACAAAGCGACAAAACAAUCCAAGGCGCAACAUAAACAAAAACUCAAGAGAAACACUCAAAGCACCUGAUGAUGUGCACAGAUAGAACGUG